UCAUUAUGUAAUGGAUUCCCUUCUUGUUCUUUCACACUUACAGGUGAAGUUACAAAAUGAGCAAGUAUUCAUCCCAGACUUCCAAGACCACCUCUCUGCUGAAAGAUAACAGCUGGAUCAAAAAAUUGGAUAAUGAGGAGGAAAAUGUCGACCAAGACCCAAACUUUGGCAAAUAUGUUCUAGGCCGGAACAGAUCCAAUGAAACACUUGAUAGCGGCUGAAGGAACAAAACCACCAAAACUAUAAGCACAUCAACAUCUGUGCAUGCUCUCAGCAAGAGAUUUGGCGGAAGCCAGGAUGAGCUGAGGAGCAGCCCCCUCCCUUCCAGCAAGACUACAUCCACCUACACCAAAAGCACAUAUUCAACUCUGAAGUCAGAUUCUCCCAAAAGCACCACCACAUUGAAGACUAUUGUCACAGAGGAACCUAAGACAGGCACUGCAACCACUACGGUCACCAAGGACGGAAAAACCACCACUGAGACCAUCAUCACCACCACCCAGAGUGUUAGAUCCCCUGUGUUGAAAAGUCCCACUGAGACGUUCACUGAGCGGGUGAAGUCUUCAAGCAAAGGGGUGUACUCAACCUACUCACCAACCAAAACAACCAAAGUGACUGAGACAACUGUUACCAGCAAUAAAAAUGUGGAGAGCAUCCCCUCGUCUAUCAAGGAUGAUUUCUCACCCACAGACAGCAAAACAACUGUCUCCAAGACUGAGACUGUGCUAGUGAAAAGCAGCAAUGGCACUAAAGCGGGGGACCACGUUUCCGACAAACUCAUCUCAUAUUCUAUCAAGGAUGCUUCAUCACCCAAGGACAGCAAAACAACGGUGUCCAGUACUGAGACUGUGACAGUGAAAAGCAGUGGUAUUGGAGAUGGUUUUAAAAAUACAACCACGACAAAGACUUCCUCCACGGCUGAGGAUGACCUGUAUGACACCCUCCUGCCAAAAUACAUGACAUCUAAUCUGUCUUCUCCUGUCAGCAGCGACCGUAAGAGUUACUCUUACUCCAGACCAGACUCCAGUUAUGAGUACAACAGUGUCACCAGUCCCUCUGUCUACACCACAACAUCAUACAGGAGCAGCAGCAGGUCAGAUGACAGUCUGGCAGAUCCAAUCUACUCUAAAUCCUCCAUGACGAGUGUGUAUGCAUCUCCUGAGAGGACGGUACUUGAGAAAGACCUGUGCACCAUCUGCCGUAAGCCCUUCACUGGUGAUGCCAAGAUGGUCCUGGAUGACAUGCAGAUCAAAUGCCACGCCUCCUGCUUUAAAUGUGAGGUGUGUAACAGCACUCUGGGUCACAUGAAAGCUGGGGACAGCAUGUGGAUCUACAAACGCAUGGUGCACUGUGAGAACUGCUUUGAGGUCACCAGAGAAAAAUGGAGACGCUAAUUUUCCCCCCAAGCCUUCACAUGGACACGUAGCAGUUGUGGUUAAAGAUAAAAUGGAUUAGCCUUCUGUAUAUCAUUAUAUUUUGGGUGACAAGGGUCGUCAUGUACUUUUUGCUUGCUGACAGAGCUUUAUCUGGGUGUUUUGACAGCUGCAUUGUGAAUAUAAUGUUUUAAGUAACAUGCACACUAUUGCAGCUAGGUUUAACGGUUUUGUUGACAUCAUGAGAAUGCUGAUAUGCAGCCUCUAGGGGGACUCUUGUGUGUAACAUGAUUGGAGGUAAUAGGUGCGUUCGAGAAGACGGCGGCUGACUUUCGCCGACAUAUUGGUCUAAUGUGAGCUGCACAUGACUGCAGGGGCGGGUUAUAAAAACGGCCAGUCAUUGAUCUCAACUCACAGCAAGCUGAUGCAGGUACAAUGUGUCCGACAUGACGGCGCCGUUUUUAUACCCCGCCCCUGCAGUCACCUGCAGCUCACAUUAGAUGGCAAAGUCAGGAGCCGUCAUCUCGAACGCACCUAUUUCAAGAUAUGUGGCCGGGGGCUUUUUCUUUGUGCAAUAAAGGAAAUCAAUAUAGCCUAU